AUGAGUACCGAUACAUCGGUUUCGGUGACCGUUCGUUGUAUUCCUGAUAAUCGUUAUGCACUUAUUGGUGUACGGAAUAAUAAGAGAGCUCGAUUUGAAAUUGAGACAAAGAAAAAUGAAAAAAAUGUUGAAUCAACAAGACGAAAUCCAGUUAAUCUUGUCUUAGUACUUGAUCGCAGUGGUUCAAUGGAUUCACGCAAUAAAUUAGAAUUUGCAAAGAAAGCUGUUAUGUCUGUACUUCAUUUACUCCAUGAUGAUGAUGUUGUACAUCUUGUCACUUACGAUGAUGCUGUACAGAACAUUUUUGAAGAUGCUCGAGCAUCAGCUAGAGAAAGCCUUUAUUCGACUGUGGAAAGAAUCCGUUCUGGUGGCAGUACUAACUUAUCCGGUGGUAUUGAAUCAGGUGUCGAUCUUCUUGCAAGAUAUGAACAUCCUGGAUAUUCAAAACGUAUGUUCAUCUUAUCUGAUGGAUUGGCUAAUGUUGGAUUAACAACACAACAAGAAAUAAUGAAAUUAGUCUCAACAUAUAAUGAAAAAGGUAUUAUAAUUGAUUCAUUUGGAGUUGGCGAAGAUUUUGAUGAGAAAAUCAUGAAAGGUAUUUCUGAAGCCGGGCAUGGUCAGUUCUUUUUUCUUGAAUCAGCUGAAGUUAUCGUUACAUUGAUGACCAAUGCAAUUCAAAGUGUUUUUGAUGUUUGUGGAACGCACACUCAACUAGCUAUUCGUGGUCUCAACAAUGCAACUGUAACAAAAAUCUGGGGUCAUCAAAAUGCGGCUCUUGGUGCAAAUCUUGGCGAUCUUCAUGUAGAUAAUCUUCGUGUUAUUCUUUGCGAUUUUACAGCUUCUGCAAAUGUACCUGAUGGCACAGAACUCGAUGUGCUCGAAUAUGAAUUGAAAUACAAUCGUCCUGAUGAUCUUGAAGGCGAACCAAUAACAGUUAGUAGUAAACUACCACUUAUUUUCGUUAAUGAUGAAUCGCUUAUUCGAGAUAUUGAUCCAAAAGUAAAAGUCUUACAUGCUAUUCAAGUUGCAGCCGAAAUGGAUGAUAGAAUUGUUGAGUUAAUCAAUGAUCGUAGAAGAGAUGAAGCUAUUGCACUAAUCGGCGAACAAAUUAAUCUUCUUCAAGAAGUACAAGCUUUAGAUGAUGAGAGAUGUAUGAUUGCAAUGUUACUUCGAAUGGCACAAAAUAUGCAGAAACGAUUGAUAGAACAAAAAGUGAGCGAAAAGUCUGCUGCAAAAUCAUAUCAUCAUCAAGCUCAUAUGAAAAAAUGUCAUGAUUAUAAAUACACAAAUUAUUACGCUGAUGAAGAUUAG